UAAAUAUGUAUAUGUAAAACUUAAUUAGCAUUUCUCAUCAUUAAUUAAUUAAUUAAUUAAUUAGUACAAAGUUGUUUGUGGUAGUAUUUGUCAUGGCAAUGGAGCGAGUUCUUCGUAUGAAGGGUGGCGCGGGAGAAACAAGCUAUGUAAAAAACUCCUUAAUUCCGAAAAAAGCAAUUAUGAAAGUGAAAGCUUUACUUGAUGAGAACUUGAAACUGAUGAUAUCGGACACAACUUUUAAUAGUUGUUGGAAAGUAGUCGAUUUAGGUUGUUCUUCAGGACCAAAUACACUUAUGGUCGUCUCAAAUAUCAUGAAUGUCAUUGAUAAAAUUAGCUUAAGCUUAAAUCAUGGGCCACCCGUAUUCCAGAUAUACCUCAAUGAUCUAUUUCAAAAUGAUUUCCAUACUAUCUUCAAAUUACUACCUGAUUUCCACCAAAGCAUAAAAAAAGAAAGAGGGGACAAUGCUGGAGAAUGCUUCACAAAUGCAACACCGGGAAGCUUUUAUGGAAGAUUGUUUCCAAAUAAUUAUAUCAACAUUUUUCAUUCUUCCUAUUGUGUUCAUUGGCUAUCACAAGCGCCAAAAUAUUCGACAAAGAAAGGAGAACCACUCAUCAAGGGAAAUAUUUACAUAACAAGAAUAUGUCCUCCAUCAGUAUAUGAUGUAUAUGUUGAGCAUUUUAGAAGAGAUUUCAAGAAAUUUCUAAAGGCACGAUCUGAGGAACUAGCAUUGGGUGGUGUGAUGAUACUAACUUUAAUCGGAAGAGAAAAGAAUGGUGAAAUUACUUCCUAUGAGGUACUAGGCAUGGUACUCAAGGAGAUGGUCCAAGAGGGUUUGGUUGAAGAAGCAAAAUUGGAUUUGUUUAAUCUUCCUAUAUAUCAUCCUACUAUAGAGGAAGUCAAACAAGUGAUCAAGAAUGAAGGAUCCUUUACCCUUCAAACAUUGAAGACUUUUAAAAUUGGUUGGGAUGCAAACCUACAAGAAGAUAUUGUUGAUUAUGUUGUUGAUAGCAAAAUGAGAGGAGAGUUCAUAGCCAAGUACCACAGAGCUUGUUUUGAAUCUCUUUUAUUAGCUGACUUUGGUGAAAAUAUCAUGGAAGAAUUGUUCUCAAGGUUUGGAAAGCUAAUUGCACAAUUCAUUGAGUUAAAGUCACCGGAUUUUUUCAAUAUUGUGUUGUUCAUGACCAAGUGUCCUUAAUGAAGGUCAAGUGAAUGUUCUGACAUUAAUAUUAACUAGAAUAAGGAAUAAAUAUAUUUCUAAGGUAAGCAAGGAAUAAGGAAUGAAGGUACUUCAAAGUAAAAUAAUUCUCAGUGCUGGAGAAUCUCUUAUUUAAUAAGAUUUCAACGAGGAAUCAUUAGAAUGUGAAUGUCAAUGAGAAAUUUAUUAUGCUUCUUUAAAUAAAGGAAAAUGUUAAACGGUAUCGCCGGGUACUAGUUAACCAUAUAAAUAAGGAAAUUCUAUCUUAGAAAUUGUGCAUUCAAUAUAUUAAAAUUGUAAAAAAUUAU